AUGUCCUCCGAAACAGAUCAUAGAGACUACGAAGGGGAUUCGUUUCAUGACUCGUCGGAAACCCCCAAUACCCAUCCUUCCCUCACCCUUUCGAUCCCUCAAAGUACCUCGACUCGUUCGUUGACCGAUAGCCCCCCCAGCGGAUCUGCUGCAACACCGCAUUUUGCCGAAGCCCCCUCACUCCCACCCCGUUCUCCCGAGGAAGAUAGCACAAGGGAAGGUGCAUAUGAAGCCAGCAUAGAUGGACAGUCGGAGGCAGACGCCACGCCCCGCAAGCAAAAACUCCAGAAGUCCCCUUUGUUAACAGCCCACCGCUUAUCCACCACCUCCCUCGACGACGUGAAUUUGGCCGGCAAUGCUAAGGACGAUGGGUCCAUCGACAAGUCGGAUGUGAACCAGGAGCUUCAGAUCGGUUCCCCUCCUCCCUUGCCAUCCAGAGACUCCACAUCCACCCAAGGCUCACGCCUUCAAGGCUUAUCCGGUAGUCUUCCUGCAGUGCCAUGGGGUCCGCCUCCUCAGAACAAGAAUCCAGCCCCCGUCGCACCACCCCCUCCCCCAGUUCGAAGAAUCACCAGUCCUUUUGCCUGGCUGUCCCGGGCAUCGACAGGGAGUAAAGAAGUCGCGUCUGUUCCCCCACAGACAGGACGUCGAAGCACCGCUGCAUCUAUCUCAACAAUCGGCAGCAAUCCUGAAGUUGCUGGCCGAUCUCAGGAUGGAGACCUGGAUGGUUUGAAAAAGCCCAGGCGCAACAGCUUGAAGGACCAGUUCAAGUUGCUUCGGAUGCGUGAGGAAGGACUGGUUUCCGAGCAUGAGGAGGUCGGUCUCGCAUCAGGGCGUGCAAGCCUUGCUCAAUCCGCCGCAAGUCCUCCUCCCAGUAUCCCGGAAGAAGGAGAAGAUGACACGACCACCGCUCCACCAGUAGUCUCUCCUGCGAUCUCACCCCCAGGUGCCCAAUCUACUGUCAAUCCAAGCCUCGCCCCCGGAACUGUUUCAGGCUUCUCGACGUCUGCCACCGAUGCUGCUACGCCAGUGGAUUGGGAGUUAUGGCAACAGCUGGUGAAUCAUGGCCCGCAAGCGCUGAAGGGUACAAAUUCCGAGGAGCUGAAUGCUGCUAUCAAACGAGGAAUUCCGCAGACCAUCAGGGGAGUCAUUUGGCAAGUGCUGGCUGACAGUAGGAAUCCGGAUCUCGAGGAGGUAUACAGGGACUUGGUCGUGCGAGGUACAGAUAAGGAAAAGCUGCGAGCCAACGGUAUGGCCAAUGGGGAGAAAGACUCCGUGGCUUCCUCUUCGCGCUCUUCUAUCCGCUCCGAACGUUCGAUUUCCGUGACCCCUUCGAAUAAUAGUGCCUCCCCUAGUCCUUCUCACGAACGCGACUCCGAGAGGCUGGCAAAGGAGCAGGCUGCUAGCGAAACAGCUCGUAAGAAGAAGGCCAAGGAGGAUGCUGCGGCACUUCAAAAACUGGAAAAGGCGAUCCGUCGAGACUUGGGUGCUCGCACGAGCUAUUCACGUUAUUUUGUCUCUCAAGGGAAUCAAGAAGGACUGUUUGGACUUUGCAAGGCUUAUGCUCUCUACGAUGAGGCUGUCGGCUACGCCCAGGGGAUGAACUUCAUUGUCAUGCCCUUGCUAUUUAACAUGGACGAGGUGGAGGCAUUUACCCUACUUGUGAAACUUAUGAACCAGUAUGGUUUAAGGGAACUAUUCAUCCAGGACAUGCCUGGGCUGCAUCGGUGUUUGUAUGUCUUUGAACGACUGCUAGAGGACUUUGAACCCGCUCUUUACUGCCAUUUACGCCGGCGAGGAGUCAAUCCCCAACUGUACGCGACUCAGUGGUUCCUAACACUUUUUGCGUACCGUUUCCCAUUGCAACUUGUUCUUCGUAUUUACGACCUAAUCUUCGAAGAAGGGUUGGAAAGCACAAUCUUGAAGUUCGCCCUAGCAAUCAUGCGUCGUAACGCAGGUGUGCUUCUUGCCAUGAAAGACAUGACCCCCUUGACCGCGUUCCUGAAGGAGAGGCUGUUCGAUGUUUAUAUCGACAAACAGCCGACUCCGUCUUCUAUUCUAGAGUCGGGCUUUUUUGGGACCUCGGGGGCUGCUGACAAAGAGAUCUACCGCGCCGAUAUCAUGGUUCAAGAUGCCUGUGCUAUCUCGAUCAUGCCGGAAACAAUCCGUGCGUAUACGACGGAGUGGGAGGACAAAGUGAGAACUGAAAGGGAGCGCGAGGCAGAGUUGGAAGGACUGAAACAUACUGUAGCUAUGCAGAGUGCUCGCAUCCGACUACUAGAAGAGCAAGCGGAAGCCUCGGACAAGGAGCAUGUCCAGCUCGCUUCGGAACUUGUGCACUUGAAGGUCGAGAACGAGGAACUUACAGAUAUGAACGACGCCCUAAAAAUGCAGGUUAGCGAGCUCAAGAAUGUGGUUGAUAAACAGCCAGCCGAGGUGGAAGAGAAGCUGCGGACAGAAAUGGACCGUAUCAUGAAACGCAAUCUUGAGGUCCAAAACGAGAAUCGCGCCAUGGUCGAACAAACAGCCGAGAUGGAGAAGGAAUUAGUGGCGGCUAAGAUGAAAUGCGCUGAGGUUCAUGAACAUAAUGAGAGCCUCAGGCAAAAGCUGAGCGAUCUCCGCAGGGCUCUUGACUAA